AUGCCUCAUAGCAAAAUAUAUCAACACGUAGAAAAGGAAGUUACAGAUAAAAAAAUAAACUUAAUAAAAUAUGAUAAGUUUAGACAGCCACCAAGUGAACUCGUUGAUCCUAAAGAUAUACAAAUGCAAUUUGUUAAGCUAUGGGAUGAUAAGAUUGUAAAUUUAAGUCUAUUAAGAAAUUUAGAACAAUAUGAUGAAAUAGCUGCUAGAAACGGAACUAGUUAUUUCUUCGUUAGAGAAUAUGCGGCCACAAAUUUGCGUGAUUAUCUUAAUUCAAAGGGUGCUCUUCUAAAAUGGAAGGAGAAAUUAACACUAACAAGUCAAAUUGUUAAUGGUUUAAGAUUUCUUCACGACCGAGGUGUCAUUCAUUCAGAUCUGAAUCCAAAAAAUAUCGUUAUGCAUGAAGAGAUUCCUAAAUUAACCAAUAUUGGAAUGUCCCAAAUCCGCCAGUCUAAUGAACCUUCGUUGUCUAGAUACGACCCUCCUGAAAUUUGGCAUAAUCGACCAAAUUGCGCAAAAAUUCUUGAAGAAUUAAAAAAUGUUUCCUCUCUGGAAGUGUAUAAAAUCGAGAAUCCAACUGGCGUACGGAAAUCUAGACCUAGAACUUACGUCGAUACCACGUGUGAAUUAAAUUAUGAAGAAUUAUUAAAAGCAAAUCAGCUCAGGGCCGAAUUAAUUAAUCAUUUUGCAUUGAACAAAGGUCGAAAUCUUGAUGGUUUUGAUUUUAGCCCCGCGAAGGAAUUUAUUUUACAUAAUAACGGUGAUCUAAAAAUAGACAGAGUGUAUAUGCAUUCUCCAACAAUCUAUCUUCCGAAAAGUCAAGAUUCACCUUGGAAGCAUUUAAAUAAUUCAAGUUUAUUUGAGAAUCAAGAUAAGAAAAUAAAGGACCCAAAAGAUGAUGACGUACGAAUUCAUGUCCCAGUUGUAACUGUAAAAUAUACAUGUAAAACUGCUACUAAUGAAUUUGUUGAGAAAAUAAGAACUGCACUUAAUUCUGAUUCAUCAGAAAUUAAAGAGAAUUUAAAAAAGGCAUUCAAUGAUUAUGGUAAUUAUGUAGCUAAAAAGGUCACUCUUGGUGGUGUUAUUACUAUUAGAAAUUGGUCAAAGGUUCCUGCCGAAAGUAGGUCAUAUUUAAGAUGUUACAUUCAGUGGGCAAUUCUUUAUGGUAAGGGGGGUGCUAAAAAAAUUUUUGAAGAAAUACCGCUUGAUAGAAUACCACAACUUGAAACUUAUAUCAAUAUGAUGACUGUCGGAGACUUAUAUACUUGGUUUAAAAGUAUAUACGAUCUCAAUUUUGUAGAUGUCAUAUCAUAUGAAGAAGUUAUUCCGUCUUAUGAGCUCUUGCCUGAUAAUUUAAAAAAUAAAAUAUUCAAAGUUUUGAACUUUGCACCCGAUGAAAAAUGUUACAUUUCGCUAAUUCCAAACAUUCCUACUGACUAUGAAAAACAAGAUAUUUUGAAAUGGAUAAUAAGAAGACCACCGCAUCAUUUAUAUCUUAGUGAUUGGGUUCAAAGUAAUAAAUUACAGCAUGGUGUGAUACUACAACAAUUAAGUCUCGGCCAUGGGAAAUUUGCUGCCUUCACGUUCUUAAGAGAACCUGAAAUUACCGAAAUAAAUAAAAUAAUUGUUUCAUUAAUACAACCCAAAACUCGCCAAGAAGCCUAUUUAUUAGAAAAUGGUAUAAUUUUAAAAGAAGAGGAUGCAUUAGAACUUGAUAAAAUUCCUUUUGCUGAGUAUAGUUCGACACUUAAUCACCCUUUAGAGGAUUUUCAACAUUCUACAAACAAACAAUCUAGGACAAUUUAUUGUCAAGUUAGUGUUAACACAGUGAAGAUUUCAUUUAAUCUCUCGGACAUUAAAGCUUUAUCAGACUUUUCAUACGCAGUAAAUUCUGCACUUCAAAGUAAUAUUCCAUUUAAAAACCUUUGUGAACAAUUUGGAAAUAAUUUUGGUCAUUUAUUAUCAAGAACUUUUACUUUGGGCGGGACUUUGUCAAAAAAAUAUGAAUAUACUGGUAUAAAUUUGCCAAAAAAUAUUGUUCUUGAAUAUGAUAUAACAGAUCUCCAAACUCCUCAAAACAUUAAAGAUAAGUUAAAAGAAUGGAACGAAGAAUUUCAAGAUUUGGACACAACAUAUUUUCUUAAUAAUGAUGGAGAUAUCAUUAACCAUGAUAAAAUUGAUGAUUGGUUAAAAGAUCUCUUCGAGAAUAGACAUAGUGAUUGGAAUGUUGUUGCCUCCGAAGAUUGGACGCCAUUAUACAAGAUUAUGAAGAAAACACACAAAAAUAUUGAUGAGAUGUUUGAUGAUAGGUAUCACGUUGUUUGUAACGGAGAAGAAUCUUUAAGUCGCGACCAAACUACAGCAAUUAUUAAGUUUCCUGAAUCGCUCUUUGAUGAUAAAUAUUAUAUUUAUGGAGUCGUUGUAAAGAAAAAUAUUAACGGUAAUUGGGAGGGAAUUCCCAAAAUAACCGUUCGGUUUGAUUACUUUAACAAUAAUGGUUGUGCCGCGUAUAUAUAUAAAAAUUGUGAUAUGAGUUUGAUCCAAGAAGAUUUAAAACUCCUUUGGUUUGUACUCGGUAGUCCAAAAGGAUUCUGCAGUAACAUAAAUAGAAGCGUUAAAGUCACUUAUGGAGAGUUUGACGUCGAUCAUACACAAACUAUGGUGAAAUUGACAAGUAAAAAACUCACUUCAAAUUGUGUUCUAAUAACAUCAAUUGUUUCCAGGAAAGAUACAGUUUUUUACACUAUUAAACCCAUGCGUUGGUCAAAAACAACGAUUAAUAUUGAAAUACAGGAAGACUCAAUAAAUUUAGUUAGUGAUUCAGAAGAAAAUUUAGAAGAUGGUUAUGAAGAUACGGGUUCAGAUGGUGAAAAAGAUGAUUUCGAGACAAAUAAAAAAGAACAAAUCCCUCAAGAAAAAGUGGUUCUUAGGUGGUGUAUAGUAGAUAUGGAUGAAAGAGGAUUUAUAAUUGGUGGGGGUAAUAUAUACCCAUUAUCUUUGUUUGGAGAUUGCCUCGACGAAGCGAACGAAGAUUUCGAUGAUGAAAGCAUACCGAUUGAACCACGAUUCCCACCACAAAUGUCAUUGGAAGAUGCAAUUAAACAACACACUGAUCCAAAUGGCAAUACUCUCGAGGCUUGGAAAACAUUCGUAAAUCUUUCUAGAAGAGGGAACUUUAUUGCAGAUUAUUGGAUUGGAUAUUACUUACAGCAAGAUAUUUUAAAAUCAAAAACACUCUACGAAGAAGAUAUUGAAGAUUCUAUCUCAGAAGUAACUGCAUCUUUUAUUGUAAUAAGAUAA